CCUGCUCUGCUCUGGUGUGUGCUCCGGUCGCCAUGGCGCUCUUCUCUCGUUCCCGCGCACUCGCCAGCAGGCUUUUCGGCCGUCCCGUGGCUUUCCGGCGGUUCUCAUCCACCGACGCUCCGAAGGGAGGCGCGAGGAUCGAUCACGGCGGGUACCAUUUGAACGGCGCCCCUUCCUUCAUGCGCGGCACGGUGUUCUGGGAGCCGGGAAAGCCGCUCACCAUCGAGGAGUUUCAGAUGCCCCGCCCCAAAGCGGGCGAGGUUCUCAUCAAGACGAAAGCUUGUGGAAUAUGCCAUUCGGAUCUGCAUGUCAUUAAGGGUGAACUUCCUUUUUCGGCUCCCUGUGUUGUGGGUCAUGAAAUAACUGGAGAGAUUGUGGAGCAUGGAGCACAUACUGAUGCUGGCGUGAUAAGAAGAUUUCCUGUUGGCUCUCAUGUAGUUGGAGCAUUCAUAAUGCCAUGUGGUAAUUGUCAUUUUUGUGUGAAGGGCCAAGAGGACAUAUGUGAGUCAUUCUUUGCAUAUAACAGAUCAAAGGGAACACUAUAUGAUGGUGAAACUCGACUAUUUUUGCGUGGCAGUGGAAAACCAGUGUACAUGUACAGUAUGGGGGGUCUUGCAGAGUACUGUGUAGUUCCAGCUAAUGCAUUAGCGCUUCUUCCUGAUUCACUGCCAUACGCAGAAUCAGCUAUCCUAGGAUGUGCAGUUUUCACAGCCUAUGGUGCCAUGAGACAUGCUGCAGAUUUGCGUGCUGGUGAUGCUGUUGCUAUUAUUGGCAUUGGUGGAGUUGGAACAAGCUGUUUGCAGAUUGCACGAGCCUUUGGCGCUAGUGAGAUUAUUGCAGUUGAUGUUCAGGAUGAUAAACUGCAGAACGCAAAGAAGCUUGGGGCAACUCACACCGUCAAUGCAGCUAAAGAAAAUGUUGCUGAUAGAAUAAGGGAAAUAACUCGUGGGAUGGGUGUCGAUGUUGCUGUUGAAGCAUUGGGAAAGCCAUUGACAUUCAUGCAGACUGUACAAAGUGUAAGAGAUGGAGGAAAAGCUGUAAUGAUUGGACUUUCUGCAGCUGGUGCAGUUGGGGAGGUAGAUAUAAAUCGCCUAGUUCGGCGGCAGGUCAAGAUUAUUGGUUCAUAUGGUGCUAGAGCAAGACAAGAUCUUCCAAUGCUUGUGAAACUCGCUGAAACUGGAAUUUUCAAUCUUGAGGCUGCAGUGUCAAGGAAAUGCAAAUUUGAGGAAGCUACAGCUGCAUAUGAUGAUCUCAACCAUGGAAAGAUCAUAGGCAGAGCAGUUGUCGAGAUAAUGUAACUUUAUAAAUGGUGACUUUUCCAAUAAUUUUCCUAGCUUGAGAUAAUGUAUUCUCAACUGUCAGACAAAAGAAACUGCUCUUGAAUCA